UCGCAAGUUUCGCAAUCCUUGAAUUCUGUAGCCCAACAUGACUACAGCACACAGACCCACAUUCGAUCCGGCACAAGGGAAAGAGGCUCUGCGCGGCCCGGCAUACCACCAGCGACUUCUUCCGGCACAUACGCACCUGAAGACUCGUCAACUCGGUCAGGGUACUGAGGGCGAAGCUCGCCAACGCGACUUGCGCGCUGAAUUGCUCCAAGCCGAGGCUGCACAUUUUGCGAAGAAGAACGGCAUUCCCGUCGAUGAACCGGCUGCUGAAAGCGCAGCACCCAAGCGCCAAAUAGAAGGAGGUCCAUCGAGCAGUGAUUCAGCGGGAGCGGGAGACGAAGACCCAGAAGCCAAACGACGACGAAUACUAGAGGAGACGCGAGAUAUAGAUGCGGAUUCAGACGGCUCAGAGGAUGAUAGUAGUGAAGAGGAAAGUGACGAGGAGGAUGAGGCUGCCGAGUUGAUGCGGGAGUUAGAGAAAAUUAAGAAGGAGAGACAAGAACAGAAAGAAAAGGAAGAGCGUGAACGCGCCGCUGAAGAAGAGGAAAAACGGGAAUAUGAUAUCGCCAGAGGAAAUCCGCUCCUCAACCCCGAGGACUUCAAUCUCAAACGCCGAUGGGACGAUGAUGUGGUCUUCAAGAACCAAGCUAGAGGAACCGAGGACAAGAGAGGAAAGGAGUUUGUCAACGAUCUAUUGCGAUCGGACUUCCACAAGAGGUUUAUGGGCAAGUACGUUAGAUAAGCUCUUUACCAACGGCCUAGUACGCAAAGCCCAGCGCGGCUCACACAAUCCAACCGAGUAUCGGAUUCAAUAUCGUGGUUUGAUGCAAGUGCAAUAAGCUGUUGGGUCACACUUGGGCUAUUUACGGACCUUUCCUGAUGCAUUUACCCACAGCCGAAUAAAUACGUACGCCAGAUAUUGCUAGGGCAACUCAGCUCUAUGAAUCAGGCAGACCCCUGUGAUUAUCUUUGCUUCAGUCUCAUCAAGCAUAAAUCGAAAGCCAAUGGACAGCCACUGAAGCUGGAGUGCCAUGGACAGCAGUUAUCGGUUACUGGGAUUAAUAUUCUCUUGGAUGCAUUCUUAUGGGUCUACCACUGUCCCCUGGGGUUAAACAUCGCUUGCAACUAGUUUGCGCAGUUUGGCAGAUUUCGUUUAUUGUCAGAUUACCGGUCGUAUUCUAUAGCUUGUCUACUUUCUAGCUAGUGUACAUUGGAAUCCUACUACCCUUAC